ACGGAAGGUCCGCCCUGGGGCGGAACAGGAUUGCCCGGACCGCCUCUGAUGACGCCAGGGACGGACUGGUGGCUUGAGCGCCCCCAGAUGGUCGUGGAUGAUAGUGACUGGGCCGUUGAGGGGCAGGGACCGGCCAGGUAGGGUAGCAGAUCCUGCAACUCUGCCAGCCCCAUCAUCACUUCCCACACCUCGGGUUUCAGUUGUAGAGAACACCUCCAACGUCUCUGGAAAGCACCGUGCCAUAAAUAAAUUAUUUCAUAAAUGAGAGCAAGUUUGAAAUCGUGGAUGGGGCACCCAGAGGUACCCCUAGACUCUAACAAAGGGCCUCUCCCCCGUUAUUUUCUUGGGCCUAUGUCUCUUCUGUCCUGCCUCUACACCCAGGCAAAUUGGUGGGGCAAAGAAUGGAGAAUUGUUUCCCAAAGAACCUAGCACCUAGGGAUUCCAACCUUGAAGAGUGGUCAGCUCUUCUGGUUUGGUUGGGUGGUUGGUUGGUUUUUCAGUACUGAUGGUAGAACCCAGAGCCUCAUAGAUGCCAGGCAGACAGUCUAACAGGAGGGCUACAUCUGCAGCCCAAGAGGAAAUGUCCCUAGAAGAACCCCCAUCUCUGCUUUCUUUCUCAAGGCUCAGGCUCCCAGGAGACGGCUGGCAGGAAAAGGGGAAAUAACCAAGAAGUGUGUGCUUGGAGUAGGGCGAGGACCAGAGAGCCUCUCUUCUCUCUUCUUGGCCUGGUGCCGCUCAGGCUGGGGGCAGAGGAUCUCAGCAAUAAUUCAGGGUUCUUGCUCUUUGGGGCCAGUUGCCAGGAAACAGGGAGACAGGCACGUGCAUCCCUGGGGAGAGCAGGUUUCUAGGCCAGACAAAGCAGUGGAAUGGAAGCCCGGGGUGCUGACUGGAGGCCUGGGGACCUUCCCACUCCAGCUCACGAAGACUGAGUAGAGACACAGGGUGGGGCCCAGAGGAAGACAUAACUAGUAUGACUACAACCAUAGGAUUCACAGGUAUGGGUCCUGGACUCAAAACUUUGAGUGGAAAACUCUCCCGCAGCUAUUCUAAGAGACAAACAACCACCAGUAUUCCUAAAUGCAGGAAAAUGGACUCUCCAAAGUUCUGCCUUCAUUACCUUUGGCCAAUAUGGGUCACGACAAGGGGCUGAGGUGGCACAAGCCUGCCCCAACCCCAGAAUCACUGGGAUCAGGUUUACCGUCUUGGCGCUGUGCCAGCCGGGGAGAAUGGUACAUCUUUCAUGAAGUCACCGGAUCCCUGGGACAGGCUCUUGGUUCCUCCAAGUUUCUGGAGCCAGACCCACUGGUACCCACUGAGCUACCACCUUCUGUGCCUGGUGCCAGGCCCCUUACCCUGCAGCCAUGAACCAAGCUUUCUGGAAAGCUUACAAGUCCAAAGUGCUGCAGACUCUGGGUGGAGAAUCUGAAGAGGACCUGGCAGAGGAGAGGGAGAACCCAGCAUCAGAGGAGACAGCAGCACCCCCCGAGGAGGCCUUCAACCCCAUGUCCCAGCUGGCUCGAAGGGUUCAGGGGGUCGGGGUGAAAGGUUGGCUGACAAUGUCAUCUCUGUUUAACAAAGAAGAUGAGGACAAACUGCUGCCACCAGAGCCCUGUGCUGAUCACCCGCUGGCGGCGCCCCCCUCCACGCAGGCGGCCGCAGCCGAGACGGAGCCGCGCGGGCCGGGAUUCUGGGACGCGUUCGCCAGCAGAUGGCAGCAGCAGCAGCAGGCGGCGGCGUCCAUGCUGCGCGGCGUGGAGAGCACCGCUGAACCGGACCCGCAUCCCCGGGAGAAGCCUGCUGAGGAGGCCACCGAGUGCCCCGAGACCCGGGAGGUGGACCCCGCGGCAGGCUUCAAGUGGGGUUUCCUCACCCACAAACUGGCAGAGAUGAGGGUGAAGGCCGCGCCCAAGGGCGACUAGCCGGCGCCCGCCUUUCCCUACCACCCAUAAAAUCUCCUGGAUCUA